AUGACGAACCCCUCCCAGCUCUAUCUUCUAGCGGAUCAUAUCAAGCUCUCCCUCCUGGAGCGGGAGCGCGCUAUCUCGCUCGACUUGGAGCCCAACGCACAGGAUGGAGAAAUCUCCCGAUCCCUCGAGUCCCUGCAAACAGGCAUCCAAGCCGUUGAAGCCGAGCAGAUCCGGCUAGCUGAAUCCAACGACAGCGCAGGCGCUGCCGCCUUGAAAGACCAACUAGCCCCUCUGCGCGAUCAAUUUCAAGAACUCUCCGCCCAAUUCCACGGUGAAGGGGGUGGCUCGUCUGCUGAACCCUCCACCCAAGCCUCGCCCGAUCUCAAACAGCCGGUCCCACAGCAUCCGCCGUCGAAAUCGGUGCGAUUCAUGAAUAAUUCGGCGGCUGCCGCGGCCGUGCAAGACGAGAUUGACGACGAGGACGAUCGCAAUCGGCAACAACUUUUCCGCCCGUACCGCGACGAGCCCUCCCCGCCCACUGUGGAUCAGUCCGGUAUGACCAACGAGCAGAUCUAUCAACACCAUGACCGCGUGAUGCGCGAGCAGGAUGAUCAUCUGGACCGGCUGGGCGAGUCAAUCGGACGCCAGCAUCAGUUGAGCAUUCAGAUUGGGGACGAGUUGGAUGGCCACGUCGCACUGCUGGAUGGCUUGGACGGGGACGUGGAGCGUCAUCAGACCCGACUAGAUGGAGCGCGGCGACGGCUGGACAGGAUUCGCCGAAAGGCAGGAGAUAACUGGAGCAUGAUGACCAUUGUUGGGUUGAUCAUCAUCCUGGUGAUUUUGAUUGUGAUUCUGAAAUAA